AUGUCCACGAAGCCUGUCACAAGAGUUGCCAUUGUCGGAGCUACCGGCCGCCUUGGCGGAGCCUUUGCUAAAUCGCUUCUACAAACGGGCCAGCAUACAGUCACAGCUCUCACCCGUGAAGAUAGUCAGGGAAUGCUCCCCGAUGGAGUUCGAGCUGUUCGAGUUGACUACGACGACGAGGACUCACUUGUCCAAGCUUUGAAUGGCCAACAAUUUCUUGUGAUUACUCUGAGCGUCCAAGCCCCCGACGAGCUUCAUGCUAGGAUUACCGCAGCUGCCGGAAAGGCUGGUGUCCCCUACAUCAUGCCCAAUGCGUACGGAUACCCCAUUAGCUCCGAAGGCGUGAAGGACGGGGAUUUAUACGGAAAGCGCGUUCUCGCUCGAAUCGAUGACGCUCAAAAUGGUGUCUCGUCCUCAGUGACACUGCCAUGUGGGUUCUGGUACGAAUGGAGCCUGGCAAUCGGCGAGCAAUGGUUUGGCUUCACGAUCAAAGACCGGAAGGUGACCUUUUUCGACGACGGCUCUCGAAUCAUUAGCGUCAGCACUUGGGACCAAUGCGGUCGUGCGCUGGCCGCUCUUCUCAGCCUGCCGGAGUCGGGAGCAACCCCUGCGCUUGUCGACUUCAAGAACAAGGAAGUCCGGAUCAAUAGCUUCCGCGUCUCCCAACGCGAUAUGCUCGAUAGUCUGCAUCGUGUCUUGGGCACCACAGACUCUGACUGGGAGAUUACUCACGAGAGUGUCGCUAAGCGCCUUGCAGACGGCGCUGAGGAGAUGACUAAGGGUGUCUUCACGGGGUUUCCUAAAAUGCUUUAUGGGGGUGUAUUUUCGCCAAGCAACAAGGAAGCCGAUUUUGCAGGGACAAUGGAGUUGGCGAAUGAUACAUUAGGGCUACCUAAAGAGGACUUGGAUGAAGCGACUAAGAGGGUGGUCGAUAUGGUGGCUGGAGGAUGGAACCCCUUUGGGAAAUAA